AUGUCUCCGUCCCUAACUCUCUACCGCGUCAACGGGUCCUGCGCCCUGGUCCCGCACUGCAUCCUAACGCAGUACGCCAUCCCAUUCCACGGCGUCCCCAUGGAGCCCACGCCGGAUUCAUCCUUCGGCAGCCGAUACAGAGCAACAGACGGGUCCCUUUCCCACGAGGAAUACCUACGGAUCAAUCCGACAGGCUACGUCCCAUGCAUCGUUGUCCAACCCGAUCACAACGACGGCGACGACGGGGCCUCGGGGACGGCAAUCGGCGAGAUGCCUGCGGUGCUCACUUACAUCGCCUCCCUGCUCCCGGAGAAGAACCUCCUAGGCAGGACCGACGCCCAGCGGGCCAAGGCAUAUGAAUGGCUGUGCUGGCUGUCGGGCACGCUGCACAGUUUAGGAUUCGCGGCGUUCUGGAGGCCUGAACGGUUUGUCGUGGGCGAGGAGGCGAAGAAGGAGGUUAGUGUCAGGGGCAGGGAGGUGAUUGACAAGUGUUAUGCGCGGAUCGAGGCCGCGCUGAACGGGAGGGAGUUUGCUGUUGGUGAGGGUUUGACCGUGGUCGAUUUCAAUCUCUAUGUGUUUUGGCGCUGGGGCAGGUUGAUCGAUGUUGACAUGGAACGCCACUAUCCCAGUUAUGGACGGCUGAUGAGGGUGGUUGAGGGGCUUGAGGGGGUUAGAAAGGCAGUGCAAGUCGAGGGGAAACAGCUUUACUUUGAGGAAUGA